AUGGGAGAAGGCAGCGAUGGCGGAAGACGAGAUUCGAAUGAAGUCCAGAGGCCUUCCAGUGCGGCGGCCAUGCGAGGACAAGCGGUCUUUGUCCGCCGGACAUCGGAAGUUGGCGCCAUGGGCUGGGGCGAACGUUUUCGUGCCAAAUCUCGCUACAUUUGCCGCAAGCUCCUGUGUCAGAAUCCGAACAACGCAGACUCGCUGGAACAAGAUGUGGAAGACAUGAACAAGGACGCGACGCGCAAACAGUAUCGACUCGAAGCCACACGAGCCAAUGCCAAAUCGAGUUGGUUGCACUUUUUGACCUGCGGGUUGUUGGGGCGAGAACGACGCGGGGGCAUGACCAUUGGCAUUAAUCCCAAUCAACAAUUGGCCAUGUACUUGCAUUGGAUGUUCCGCGUCAAUUUCUUGUUUUUGUUUUGUGUCAUGUGUGUCAUGUUCUUUGUACUGGUCAUGGUCUUUGCCGCACUCAUUAUCAUGGCCGGAGUCAUGGAUGAUGAAUGUGUCCGCAUUGGAGGAGCUCCUUUUGGGGAAGUCAAUUCGGAAUUUGCCGAUGCCUUUGCGCUCUCAUGGACGACCUUUUCUACAGUGGGCUAUGGAUCUACCUAUCCGGCGCUGGGUGCCGAAAAUGACAGUCCGACAAAUUGCUUCUUUAUCACAUUCAUUUGCUCUCUAGAAUCACUCCUGGGAGUGCUAUACUCUGGAUUCUGUGGAGCCAUUCUAUUUGGUAAAGUCUUGCGUAUUCAGUCUCAUGCACAAGUCAUCUUUAGUGACCCCAUUGUCAUUCGGUACGGCACGGGAGUGGCGGAAGGAGGAGACUUUGACAACAAUACUAGUAAUAACAAUGCAUCCGAUGACGAAGGACCCAGCAGCAAGAAGAAAACCAAGAGUCAUCCUUGUCCCGUACUCGAGUUUCGAAUCGUCAACCGUCUCUUCAAUGAAGCGGGUGGCGAAAUCAUGGAUGCGACUUUGAACGUUGUCGCCAAUGUCGAUGCCAAUGAUGCCGAUCCGUCUCUCAUUGAUGCACUCGAUUCGGAUCGCAAACGGUACAAUCAGUCAUUCGGUACUGCUACUACUACUGGACAACAACAGCAACAGCUUGGAGGGCAUCAUUCCAACAGUGACAUGGCAUCCACGGUCAGUCAUGGAGAUACCUCGGAAUCGGACCAUGUCUACGAAAAUGGACAUUUGUCACCGACCGCCAACAAUUUGUACGCCAGUUCCACGAUUCACUCGUCCACCCAUACCAAUGCGUCGGCGCUUCCCUUUCCCAAAUUUUUGGAUCCAUUCCACUCGCUCAUGGGUGGUGGAGGAAAGGUCGAUCAUCAAGCCAUUGACGAAGAUCCAUCCGCGCGACUCGUGAGCAAGAGAAUCUUUUCCAAAAUGCUCAUUGAAGCCAGUGAUCAUCCGUUCUUCAAACGAGUUUGGUUGGCACGUCAUGUUUUGGAUGAAACCUCGCCCAUUCUCAAGCCGCGGGUUCGGAGACAGAUUCGACGCAAUGGCGGAUCCUGGCCGGAACGCCUUUGCACGUGGAACGCCAUUCGCGAUUCCUUGCAGUUCAACCAGAUCUUGGUUUCUUUGAAUGGCGUGUCCAAUGUCAGUGCCUCGGAUGUCUAUGCACAAAAGAUUUAUGACUUUGUGGACAUCAAUGUCGGAUAUCAGUUCGUCAACAUCCUUUAUAAGGACACCGAUGGAGCCCUGAAGGUUGAUACAGACCUCAUUAACGAUGUGCGCGAGCAAAAGGGAGGCGGCGGAGAGCCUCUUAUCAUCGACGAGUCCUAG